AUGUUGGGAUGGAGUAGGAACUGGUGGAGUCAAGCAGAAAUAGCAGUCAUCCGUAUGUUAAAAAAUAUUGUGGAAGCCAAGAGUAUUUUCCAACAAGUUGCCUGUGCCUUGGCCGUGGCUGAGGAGGCCAUAGAAUUUGAACAUAGAGAUCUGCACUGGGGUAACAUCUUGAUAGCUCCCACGAUACAGACAACGAUAGAUUACGUCCUGAGGGAUGACAGAUUUACCAUGACGACUUCUGGUAUAUUAGUUACCAUCAUUGAUUUUACACUUUCUUAUCUGAGAAAAGAUGGAUGCACAAUAUUCACCAACUUAGCUGAUGAUGAUUCUUUGUUUACGGGAGAAGGAGAUUAUCAGUUUGAUAUAUACAGGUUAAUGAAAGAAAACAAUGGAAACAAAUGGGACACAUUUAGUCCAUACAGUAAUGUCCUGUGGUUACAUUAUCUUUUGGAAAAACUUCUUAAGGAGAAGACGUAUCGCAACGUGAAAUCCCAUAAAUCUGUACGGAUUCAAUUGCAAAAAUGGCAGAAGAGCAUUUUUAAAUAUAGGUCGGCCACAGACUUUGUCACAAAUUCAGACUUUUUGAAGGCUAUAGAAAAAUAA